AUAGGUACGGUUGUGAACAAGACACACAUACAAACACAACACCAAUCAAACCUAAAUACAGUAGUAUUGUACGACUACGAGUAAUAAUCUUCUACAGUUAAUUAAUAAUAAUGGCAGCUAUGGCUAAUUCCCUACCUUCCUUGAAUUUGGCCCUUACCAAAUCAUCAUCAUCAUCAUCAUCUUCCUAUUCUUCUGCACCCUUCUGUUUCGCCACGAAUCCCACAAGUUAUAAGUUUGGAGCAUUGAAGAAGCAGCAAAAAGGAAUUCAGAUAUCUGUUUGUAAAGCAUCGGCAGCAGCAGGAAGUACAUUUGCGUUGUCGACGUUUCGUGAUCUUGACGCCGAUGACUUUAGACAUCCUCUUGACAAACAGAACACGCUGCUUUUGCGGGCAAUUCCGGGUUUGAACGAGAUUGGAAAAGCUCUGCUAGGAACCAUUGCAGAACAGGUCAUGGUACUUGAAAAUAUCGGAACCUCUGUUCUUGUAUCUGAAAAUCAGCUUUCAGAACUUCAUCAGUUAAUGGUUCAGUCAGCAGAAGUACUGAAAAUUGAAGCUCCUGACCUGUAUGUGCGUCAAAGUCCAGUACCUAAUGCGUAUACUCUAGCCAUCAAUGGUAAAAAGCCAUUUGUUGUUGUUCAUACAAGCCUUAUUGAGCUUCUUUCAAGAAAGGAAUUACAGGCUGUUUUGGCUCAUGAGCUAGGACACCUUAAGUGUGAUCAUGGUGUAUGGUUGACGGUUGCAAAUAUUCUUACCGUUGGAGCCUACACUAUACCUGGCAUCGGAGGUAUGAUAGCUCAGAAUUUAGAAGAACAACUAUUUCGCUGGCUCCGAGCUGCAGAGCUUACCUGUGAUCGGGCUGCCCUUCUUGUUGUUCAAGAUCCCAAGGUGGUCAUCUCUGUUUUAAUGAAACUCGCUGGAGGAUGCCCAUCUUUAGCCGAUCAAUUGAAUGUGGAUGCUUUUCUGGAGCAAGCCAGAUCUUAUGACAAAGCAUCUGCAAGCCCAGUAGGAUGGUACAUAAGAAAUGCACAGACUAGACAACUUUCACAUCCCCUUCCUGUACUAAGAGCUCGUGAGAUUGAUGAGUGGUCAAGAAGUCCAGAUUAUAAAUCUCUUAUGAAACGGGCAGUUAUUACGACCCCUUAGAAGGAAGUUUAGCCGAUAGGGGAAAGAUCAAAUUUUAUCAGUUACGUACUUACGUGUGAGUUUGAUAAGCUAUGUACUCUUGCUAUGCUGGCAUUGAUUGGAUAAGCGUUCAUCUGCUACUAAUAUAGCGACUACACUGGUUCAUUUGAAGACAAAUGCCACCACCUUAUAAGGCUAUACAUACUCAAAUAUACAAGACCAUAUAGAUCUGUACAAGUUUCAGUAUCAUAUUUCAAAACACGGUAGCUUGUGGCUUAUACUCCUUAUGAAGUCUGGUUUAGCUAAAUAUGUAAUCUAAAGAUCAGCUUUUCCAUGGCGUACGACUCUUACAUGACUAUAUAUUUGGUCGAGUAUUCAAUGUCAAUAGUACAAUUAAUUUGUAUAUGAAGAUAAAAUCCUAUAAAAAGUGGUACGAGCAGAUCAUGCCAAGAAUGCCCCACUGCCCCACUUUGAUAUU